AUGGCCGCCGACGAGACGGUCUACGUGGAGGCGCUCGCGCGCGUCGCGAGCCGGCCGCGCGCGCGCGUGCUCGAGGUCGGCUUCGGCAUGGGCAUCUCCGCGCGCGAGAUCCUCCGCGCGGGCGCCGCGCAGUACGUCGUCCUCGAGCCGAACCGGGGCGUCUUCGACGCGGCGCUCGGCCUCGCGCUGGAGACGGCGGCGUCGGCGUCGCCGUUCCUGGGCUUCUGGGAGGAGAACGCGCCGCUCCUCCGGUCCGGCCAGUUCGACGGCGUGCUCUACGACGCCUUCCCGGACGUCGCCGACUCCACCUUCUUCGCGGAGGCGCGGCGGCUCCUCAGGCCCGGCGGCGCGCUGGCGUUCUUCCUCGAGGGCUGCGGCGAGCGCUCCGCGCCGCCCACGCCGGAGACGGCGACGCGCGAGUGCGGCGACUGGGGCCUCGCGCGGUCGCGGCUCCUCGACGCGGGCUGGCUCCCGGGCGAGCUCAAAGAGCCCGUGCCCAUGCGCGUGAGCCUCGGCUUCGAGCACAGCGGCGCGAGGCGGACGCGGACGAUGCUCGUGACCGAGGCCGUCCGCGCGCCGGCCGGCGGCGCCGCGGCCGUCCCCGUGCCGGACCGCGCGGCGCUCGACCGGGACCUGCGCGCGGCCGCCCCGGAGCUCGCGACGCGCGGCGAGUGGCAGGCGCUGCCCGCGGCGCCGCGCGUCGACGACGCGGACGCCGGGAACGCGUCGCUGAUCAUCGACGGCGCCGUCGUCAUGGACACGCAGGAGGCGGCCUACAUGGUCGACCUCGCGGGGAACCUCGCGGGCGCGGCCUCCGUCCUCGAGAUCGGCUACGGCCUCGGGCUCGCGGCGGCGGCGAUCCAGAGGCUCGGCGCCGUCGACGACGGGGCGGGAAACGGGCGCGACGUCGAGGAGCACGUCAUCGUCGAGGCGAACGCGGCCGUGCUCCGGGCGCUGCUCGCCUCGGACCUCGGCGCGCGGAGCGGCGUCAAGGCCCUGCUCGGCUUCUGGCAGGAGGUCGUGCCGCUGCUGCGCGCCGAGUCCUUCGACGCGGUCUUCUUCGACCCGUUUCCGAACGACCUCGAGCGGCUCGGCGGGGCCUGCGCGCACCAGCGGGGCUUCAUGGCCGAGGCCUUCCGCGUGCUCCGGCCCGGCGGCGUCUUCGUCUACAUGUCCGGCUCCUCCGACGAGGCGUCCGUCGAGGCGGACACCGCCGCCGCGCUCGCCGCGGGCUUCCUCCCCGGCGACGUCGACAUCACCGUCAGGGACUACCCCAUGGUCGACGACUUGUGCGCCGAGUACCCGAACUGCGCCCACUUCGACCAUUCCGUGCUCAUGACGCGCCUCGUUAAGGCGCCCGCCUAG